AUGCCCACCCGCCCAAUCUACCUCCUCAAGAUCCGCCCCUCGCCUCGCCAGAGAGCACAUUUCUGCACCUUCAUCCCCUACCCAGAACACGCAUCCCACGACCCAAGCAACAAAGCCGAAGAAUGCAGAGGCACAAAGAUCCAUGUCAUCGGCACACCCCUGGCCAUGAGCUUGCAAUUCCAAUCGAACUUUCCUUGUCACAAAGAGCAUGACCUGGAGGCUGUGGUAAGACUGGGAGACGUCGAUGACAGUUUAAUUGUGGACAUAUUCCCGACGAAAGAUGAGGGUGGAAGAGUUCUGGAGAGAACAGAGCCAUCGGGAAGACUCGAGCGGGAGGCAACCAGCAUCAGGCCUCCAAGGGGAGGGAAUGUUCUGGCGCUGGUGGACGAUGUCACGAACCGGAGAUGCCAAGAGUGGACUAUGGACUACCUGCGACAUUUGGUAAAGAAAGGCUUGCUUGAUGCUAGUGCUGUCGAUAUUGCGCAAGCCGAAAGAGACCCGCCGGGCUUUGGCAUUGGUCUUCGUCCUGUUGGCGGGGAAGCUCUAUGGUGA